UUUUAGUCAUCAAUCUUUUUGACAUUCUCUUCUUCCAUGAGCGUUCAAACACGUUCAAAAAGGCUUUUAGAGAGCGAGGUAUCAUGGCUGACGACCGCCGCCAUGACUGGUGUGGUUCUUUCUUCUUUUGGCAGAUUCUUUAGCACAAUAUUUUUUCUUCGCUGUUCAGAGAGGGUUUCAGCUCUCCAAGGGUGGAUUUUGUUGGCGAAUGUGAACACUUCUGAAUCCGUUCUAACUAUUAGAACUGAAAGAAUUGAUCCUUUGGAUGACUUGAAGAGAUACAAAGGAGGCUUUAACAUCACAAAUAAACAUUAUUGGGGUUCAGUUAUCUUCACCGGUAAAUUCGGGUACAUUAUAGGAGCAGCAUGGCUUGUCGGCGGCCUCAUUUACGCGGUAAUUUCGAUAGUUUUAUCACUUUGCUUCAACAGAAAUGGAAGAUAUGAGAGAAAAAGACUAAACUCCUUCAAUAAGGGUCAUAAUUGGCCUCUUCUUAUAGCAAUUUUAUUAACCUUUCUAGCCAUAAUUUCAUCUGGAGUGGCACUGGGAGCUAGCUCUAAGUUUCAUUCUCAGGCCAAAACCAUCAAAAACAUUGUGGUGAAUGCCACAAAUACCGCUUCGGGAACAAUAUACACGGUGACGGAAGCCAUUGAAAACCUUCAAAAUGAUACUCAGCUUAGCCAAAAUGUUGCAGGUUCAAGCAAAAUCGCUUCGUCGUCGAAGAAGCUUAAUGAUGACACUAGACGGUUAGAGAGGAAGGCAAAGAGGAUCAUGCAUUGGGUUAGCAAAGGUCUAAAUAUUCUAAAUGCGGUCACUAUUAUUACUGUUUCACUGAAUUUAGUCGCCAUUCUCGCAUUUUUUGGAGCUCUUAGGCUUCCUCGAAUCGUUCGAAUGGUUAUCAUUAUUUGUUGGCUGUUGAUAAUCCUCUUAUGGGCCUACUUUGGAUUGUAUUAUUUCCUUGGAAAAUUUGCAGGAGAUAUUUGCAUAGCUUUAGAUGAAUACAAGCAAAAUCCAGAAAGAAGCACAUUGAGCUCAAUUCUCCCUUGCAACGACCGAGGCUCGGCAGCAACGGUCCUCUACGACGUUAGCAGUCGUGUUUAUGAAUUAAUACAAGAGGUGAACUCAAACAUAACCUCCCUCAAACCAUCUAUUUCGAAGCUAGAAUAUAUAUGCAACCCAUUUUCAGGGCCACCUGGAUACAACUAUCAGCCUGAAAAUUGUUCUUCUAAUACUAUCACUGUAGGACAGGUUCCCCAGCUUAUAGAGAAUUUUGCGUGUUCGUCGGAUGACAGCGGCGGAUGCAAACCUGGAGAAUUCAUACCCGCUCACAUUUAUGUUAAACUAGAAAACUAUACGAAAUCGAUGCAGGACAUCCUUGACUCAUAUCCAGUGAUGAAGAGUCUGAUAAAUUGCCAGUUGGUGAAGGAUGCCUUCUCUAAUAUAUUGUUCAACCACUGCAAACCGUUGAAAAAAUAUGUUCAUAUAUCAUGGGCAUCAUUGGCAGCUCUCUCGACAGUCAUGGUGAUUCUUAUUCUCAUAUGGGAAUUGAAUGCUCAUCAAAAUCAUAAAUUUUGCUCUUUGGAUGGAUCGGUUAGGCCCAGUUCGACGCCUACGGAAUCCACAGAAGUUGAUCCUGCAUAAUGGCUUCCAAUGAUGUGCAACAUAAUAAGGUAGAGGGGCCAUAGCUGAGGACUAGGCAUAACUAAUGAAGGAACAAGAGAAAUAUAUAGAGUUAAACAGUUAAAUAUUGCUUCUUUGUAGUGUCUUUUACGUACAUAGCCCACAAUUUUAAUGUAUUUACAUGUUUCACACCUAAAAUUCAAUUUUUAUAUAUAUGUCAUUUAA